UUGAGGCAUAUUUCAGAUACUGGGGUUUCUGACAGCAACCCUAGAGUUCAAUUGCAUCCAUAGUGAUUGCAUUCUUCACUUGGUCUCUGCCGGAAGCUGGUCCAUCCUUGCUGCUUGACACAGUCACUGCAGGGAAGAAACAUCUGCACAGCAUAUGUUUCAAGGGACCUGGCGUAUAUGGCAUACUGUUCUUUAUAUGUUUGCUCACCUUCUUGGCGCUAUGUGUUUUAACCAAGGUCACCUCUCUGAGAAAGGUUGUUUCCCCAGGUAGGAAUUUUCCCCUGAAGUUAGGGAGGGAAUAAAACCCCUUAACUAAAUGCCGGGUGGGUAGUUAAUCACUUUAACUUCGAACAAUCACCCUUAAGCUACAUAAUCUUUACUCCCUGGAAUGGAGAUAAGAAACGCCCUAACCUUUGGAAUAGAAAUUGACAGGAUUAAAAUCAACUGGUAUAAAUACAGAUGUAACAAGACAAUAAAAGAUAGAACCUGGACAGAACUUGGCUGGAGAUCCUGGCUAGAGACCCUGGCUAGGCUGCUGAUCAACUGAAUGCUGUGUCUGUGUCAUUCCUUCUCCGCCAACUCCAUCCACACCUUUGGGAACCCCUGGACCUGCUGGGGUUGGACCCCAACAUAUGGCGCAGUAGUUCCUGCAGGUUCUCUCUUCUGUCUUCGGAGCCAGUGGCCCUCCCUGUGCUGAGCAGCUAGGAAGCCCCUGUCAGCGAGCUCGUAGGAGCUUGAAACCUUCAUCACCCUUCCGAAUCUUACCAGGAGGGAAACAUGGUUGAAGCUGAUCGCCCAGAAAAGCUCUUCAUUGGUGGCCUCAAUACAGAAACAAAUGAGAAAACCCUUGAAGCUGUAUUUGGCAAAUAUGGACGGAUAGUGGAAGUACUCUUGAUGAAAGAUCGUGAAACCAACAAAUCGAGAGGAUUUGCUUUUGUCACCUUUGAAAGCCCAGCAGAUGCUAAGGAUGCAGCCCAAGAUAUGAAUGGAAAGUCCUUAGAUGGAAAAGCCAUCAAGGUAGAACAAGCCACCAAACCAUCAUUUAAAACUGGUAGGCGUGGACCACCUCCACCUCCAAGAAGCAGAGGCCCUCCAAGGGGUCUUAGAGGUGGAAGAGGAGGUAGUGGAGGGACCAGGGGACCUCCCUCACGUGGAGGGCACAUGGAUGAUGGUGGCUAUUCCAUGAAUUUUAAUAUGAGUUCUUCCAGGGGACCACUUCCAGCAAAAAGAGGACCGCCACCGAGAAGUGGGGGUCCUCCAGCUAAAAGAUCUGCUCCUUCAGGACCAGUUCGCAGCAGCAGUGGAAUGGGAGGAAGAGCUCCUAUAUCUUGUGGAAGAGAUAGUUAUGGAGGCCCACCUCGAAGGGAACCCCUGCCUUCCCGUAGAGAUGUUUAUUUGUCCCCAAGAGAUGACGGACAUUCUACUAAAGACAGCUACUCAAGUAGAGAUUACCCAAGCUCCCGUGAUACAAGAGAUUAUACUUCACCACCAAGAUAUUAUACUUAUUGUGAUUAUGGUCAUUCCAGUUCACGUGAUGACUAUCCAUCAAGAGGCUAUAGUGAUAGAGAUGGCUAUGGUCAUGAUCAUGACUAUUCAGAUCAUCCAAGCGGUGGCUCCUACAUGGAUUCAUAUGACAGUUAUGGUAACUCACGUAGUGCUCCACCUACACGAGGGCCCCCGCCAUCUUAUGGUGGAAGCAGUCGCUAUGAUGAUUACAGCAGCUCACGUGACGGAUUUGGUGGAAGUCGAGACAGUUACUCAAGCAGCCGAAGUGACCUCUACUCAAGUGGUCGUGAUUGGGUUGGCAGACAAGAAAGAGGGCUUCCCCCUUCUAUGGAAAGGGGAUACCCUCCUCCACAUGAUUCCUACAGCAGUUCAAGCCGCAGAGCACCCAGGGGUGGUGGCCGUGGAGGAAACCAAUCUGAUAGAGGGGGAGGCAGAAACAGAUAUUAAAAACAAAACUUUGGACCAAAAUCCCUGUUCAAAGAAAUAAACAGAAAGUGGAAUCCAUUCUGUCAUAACUACCCAAGGACUACUAAAAGGAAAAAUUGUGUUACAUUUUUUAAAAUUUCCUGUUAAAUUCCCCCUUCAUAAUUUUUAUG